CUUCUUCGUUGAAACCAUCAGUUCGCUCAUCGAAUUAAUACUAUAAACAUUAACUCGAAGUCAAUUCCAACCAAAAAACCAACCAUCAACAUGAACGCUGUAACUUUCGUAACCAUCUUCUUGGCCGCCUUUGUCGCCGUAACAGUUGCCGCUCCAUCUUAUGGAGGUCCAUCCUAUGGAGGUCCAUCAUAUGGCGCUCCGGCUCCAGUCUAUGGUCAUCAAGUGUACUCAUACCCAAGCCCAGCUCCACCAGUCAGAUGCGGCAGCAAUUUGUUGGUUGGAUGCGCUCCAUCUGUAGCACAUGUUGGUUGUGGAUCAUACUCUCCUCCAUCCUAUCCAUCAUACGGUCCAUCAUAUGGUGCCCCAGCUCCAUACAAAGCUUACUAAAUUGUGGAUCAAUUGGUCAACGCUAUGAACGUGUUAAUGGAACAUUUGCCUACCAAAGACUUGUAAAAUGUUUAUAGAAUUAAUUUUUUUACGAAAGUUAUGAAUAAAUUGUUGAAAAUG